AUGUUAUUUCAGCUUCGGCUUCCCGAGAACGUUAACGAAGAUAUACAAGAAGAUCCUACUGCAUUGCGUUCACUCUGGGACCGUGGCUUGCUGAAUGGAGCAUCGCAAAAGGUUGAUCAAGUGGCCGUAUUCUACACAGGCGAUUUCGUUACGUCUCUGCAGAAGACAUCACUUGUGCCGGGAGCUAAUGAAUGUGUGAUUUAUACAACAAUCGGUGGAGCGAUUGGAAUUUUGGUGCCUUUUAUAUCAAAAGACGAGUAUGAUUUCUUCCAAAAUCUUGAAAUGCACGUACGCGCCAACUUUCCUCCACUGUGUGGUCGAGAUCACCUCGCAUUCAGAUCUUAUUAUCAUCCUUGCAAGAAUGUGAUUGACGGCGAUCUUUGUGAACAGUUUGGUUUGAUGGACGCGGCUGCUCAGCGAGAAGUCACCGAAGGUCUGGAUCGCACUAUUAGCGAGGAGUAUGAUUUCUUCCAAAAUCUUGAAAUGCACGUACGCGCCAACUUUCCUCCACUGUGUGGUCGAGAUCACCUCGCAUUCAGAUCUUAUUAUCAUCCUUGCAAGAAUGUGAUUGACGGCGAUCUUUGUGAACAGUUUGGUUUGAUGGACGCGGCUGCUCAGCGAGAAGUCACCGAAGGUCUGGAUCGCACUAUUAGCGAGAUUUCAAAGAAGCUUGAGGAUAUUCGUACGCGAUAUGCGUUCUAA